UUGCAGCUUGAUAUUAUCGAAGAAGUAUCUAAGCCAUCAAAAUGGGUUUCACCCAUGGUGCCUGUUUUAAAGGAAAAUGGGGAUAUAAGGAUCUGUAUCGAUAUGCGGAGAGCUAAUGUAGCAAUAAUUCGUGAAAAUCAUCCACUACCAACAAUGGAUCAGCUGCUACCACAUUUUAAAGAUGCGAAAUUAUUUUCUCGCCUCGAUAUUAAAAACGCUUUCCACCAAAUCGAAAUCCAUCCUGAUACCCGAUAUAUCACUACAUUUAUAACGAGCAAAGGGUUAUUUAGAUACAAGAGACUUAUGUUUGGUAUUUCCUGUGCUCCAGAAAUGUUUCAGAAAAUCAUGGAACGCACACUUAUACGGUGUGAAGGUACGGUAAAUUUUAUUGACGAUAUUGUCAUUUUUGGAUCAAAUGAGGCAGAGCAUGACCAACGAUUACAACAGACGCUCAAUAUUUUGAAAGAGAACAAUGUUCUGUUAAAUAAUGAUAAGUGUAUUUACAAAGUAAAUAAAAUAGUGUUCUUGGGGCAUGAGUUAUCUAGUGAAGGUGUAAGGCCUUUAAAAAAGUACAUUGACAGUAUCCAAAUGUUUAGGGCACCAUCAACUAUCGAGGAAAUUCAAAGUUUCUUGGGUCGUUACAAGGAAGUAAAAGUGACAAAAAGUGUAACAUCAAAUGAUAUUAUCAGGUUACUAAAGGAGAUAUUUUCACGGCUUGGUUAUCCAGUUACCAUCACUGCAGAUAAUGGCAGGCAAUUUAUUAGUCAAGAGUUUCGAAAUUACCUGCAAGAAUGUGGUAUAAUUCUUCACAACACAAUACCAUAUUGGCCCCAACAGAAUGGAGAAGUGGAAAGGCAAAACCGAAGUAUUCUAAAACGCUUAAAAAUCAGUCAAGUGGAAAGAAACAAUUGGAAAGAAGAUUUAUUUUACUAUCUGAUGAUGUACAAUAGCACACCCCACUCAGUGACUGGUAAAACUCCAUCUGAACUAUUCUACAAACGACAAUUUCGGGAUAAAAUUCCAUCAUACAUAGAUAUUGAAAAUAAACAAGAAGAUUCAGAAGUUAGGGACAAAGACGCAUUGCAAAAAGAAGCAGAGAAAAAUUACAGUGACCGCAAGCGAAAGGCCAAAGAUCACAGCAUAAAUGAAGGUGAUAAGGUAAUUGUUAAAAAUUUCGCCAAAGAAAAUAAGCUUACACCAAGCUUUUCUCCAGACAUACAUACUGUUGUAAAAACUACUAACAACACUGGAGACGUAGUGAUUCGCAAUAAUGAUACGAAUACACAAUAUCGACGAAAUGUAGUUCACUUAAAAAAAAUUGAAGGAGAGUGGAAAGUAGUUAACGAUGCACAAGAAGGAAAUGUACCCAAUUUGAAUGAAGAACCCAAACGGAUUUGUAAGCUGAAGUGGGAAUGGGCCGACCAUAUAGCUCGAAGAACAGACAACUGA